GUUGUUCGUACAUUUUCGUUUAGUGCCGUGGCAUCUUUUCGGGGCUUCGGCGGGUCAGUCGGGUGUCCGGUUCCGCUCCACUGACUGCUUCAGUUACUGGCAGACUAGUCAGUCCAGUCGCGGUCACGAGGCAGAGACUGUGUGACAGACAGGAGGAUGCCGCUGCCCCACGUGACCCGGCUGCUGCGACGCUCCGUGUCGCCCGUCCUGCGGAGGAACGUCGGCCUGUCGGCGGCGCUCUUGAGCCGCGCCAAGGAACUGGACCCCGUGCAGAAGCUCUUCCUCGACAAGAUCCGCGACUACGACAGCAAGAGCAAAGCCGCGGGGGGCGUCGUCGAUACGGGUCCCGCCUACGAGAAGAACCUCUCUGAGGAGAUCGGCAAACUGCAGCGCCUCUAUGGGGGCGGAGACCUCACCACGUUCCCGGAAUUUAAGUUCCCAGAGCCUAAGCUGGAGGAAGUGGUGGCCAAGUGAGGAGUCUCUGCUGUGUGUGUUCCUGUGUGUCCCGCUCCUUAUUUAAUAAACUCUUUCGGGUUA